CCGGUGCACUGUGACCGAAGUGCGGGUCAGGAUGGGGCGGACGUGCGAUUCGGCCUCCGCGCAGCAACACCUGCACAGCGACGGCGGAUUCACUCCCGGCACUUGGACCCGACUAAAUUGCUUCGGUGUUUGACUUCAUGCAAGGUGGCACGAUUGACGACAACUCCGGAAAUGCAGGUGGAGAUGGACAUGGAGGGCGCCCUGAACGCCAGGAACCAGGUUGGCAUUCAGGACUUUGUUCUCCUGGAUGAGACCUCGGAGGCGGCCUUCCUCAGCAACCUUAAGAAACGCUUCUGCAAGGAUCUCAUUUACACUUACAUUGGCACUUUGCUGGUGUCUGUAAACCCUUACAAAGAGUUGGACAUCUACAAUAAGAAACAGAUGGAUGUGUACAUGGGGGUCAACUUUUUUGAGCUUCCGCCUCACAUCUACGCCCUUGCCGACAACGCCUACCACACCAUGCUGGCUGAGUUCAGCAACCACUUCAUCCUCAUCUCGGGAGAGAGCGGAGCGGGGAAGACGGAGGCCUCCAAAAAGAUUCUGCAGUAUUACGCGGUCAGCUGUCCGAGCACCGCUCUCCUGAACACAGUCAGGGACAAGAUGCUCAUGUCCAACCCUGUGCUGGAGGCUUUCGGGAAUGCCAAAACGUUGAAAAACGACAACUCCAGUCGGUUUGGGAAGUAUAUGGACAUUCAGUUUGAUAGUGAGGGGGAUGCAGUCGGUGGCCACAUCCUCAACUUCCUGCUUGAGAAGUCGAGGGUGGUGCACCAGAACCACGGAGAGAGAAACUUCCACGUUUUCUACCAGCUCCUGCACGGGGGAGAGGAGGACCUGCUGCACCGGCUGGGCCUGGACCGGAACUGCCGGCAUUACAGCUAUCUGACGCAAGGCGAGUGCGCCGCGAUGCCGUCCGUCAAUGACAAAAAUGACUGGAAGACGGUCAAAAACGCACUUCAAGUGAUUGACACCGACGCGAUCGACGCUCAUCACCUGUUUGGGAUUGUCGCCAGCGUUCUUCACCUGGGCAACGUUAAGUUUGAGCCCGACGGUAAAGGUCACGCCGGCCUCAACGAGAAAAAUGCAGAGUUGCACUGGGUCUCAAACCUUCUUGGAGUUGAUGCUAAUAGUCUGAAAGAAGGUCUGACAUUCAGGAAAAUUGAAGCCAAAACAGACCAGGUGCUGAGUCCGUUUAGUCCGGAUCACGCCGUCUACGUGAGGGAUGCCCUGGCCAAGGCCGUUUAUGGGCACACCUUCACCUGGCUGGUCAACACCAUCAACGCGUCCAUGGAGAACACCGAUCCUUCCAAGAAAACUGUCAUUGGACUUUUGGACAUCUACGGUUUUGAGGUCUUUAACAUCAACAGUUUUGAGCAGUUCUGCAUAAAUUACUGCAAUGAGAAGCUGCAGCAGCUUUUCAUCCAGCUCACCCUCAAAGCGGAGCAGGAAGAAUACGAAGCGGAAGAUAUUGAGUGGGAGCCGGUGCAGUUCUUCAAUAACAAGAUCAUCUGCGACCUGGUGGAGGAGCGACACAGAGGAAUUAUAUCAAUCCUGGAUGAGGAGUGUCUCCGGCCAGGAGAGGCGACGGACCUCACCUUCCUGGAGAGACUGGAGGAAAAAAUGGGGAAUCACCCUCACUUUGUCUCACACAAGCUGGCCGACAAAAAGACUCGCGGGACGCUGGAGAGGGGAGAUUUUCGUCUCUUGCAUUAUGCCGGAGAGGUCACCUAUUGUGUUGUGGGUUUUCUGGACAAAAAUAAUGACCUCCUGUAUAAAAAUAUUAAAGAUUUGAUGUGUCACUCGAAAAACCCGAUCGUCAGGCAGUCCUUCUCCUGCAUGGAACCAGACAGCAGGCGAAGACCAGAAACUGUGGCCACCCAGUUUAAGAGCAGCCUGAUGAAGCUGACGGAGAUCCUCGUGGCCAAAGACGCCUGGUACAUACGUUGCCUCAAAUCCAACGAGUCCAGGACACCGGGACAGUUUGAUGAAGCUCUGAUCAGACACCAAAUCAAAUAUUUGGGCCUGAUGCAGCACCUGAGAGUCAGACGCGCUGGUUUCGCUUACAGGCGGAAGUACGAGGUCUUUUUACAGCGUUACAAGGCUCUGUGCCCAGCCACCUGGCCACAUUGGAGAGGCGACGCCGCUGACGGCGUGUUGAUGCUGGUUCAGCAUCUGGGCUAUUUUCCAAAUGAGUACAAAAUGGGAAGAACCAAAAUAUUCAUCCGCCACCCGAGAACCCUUUACGCCACCGAGGACGCUUUUGAAAAGUGUAAACAUCAACUCGCGACAAGACUGCAGGCCAAAUACAAAGGCUACCGGGCGAAGGGCGAGUUCCGGAAACAGAAGGAGGCCGCAACAAAGAUCGAGACGUGCUGGAGAGGAGCGCAAGCAAGGAAGGAGCGAGACAAGAGAGCGUGGGCCGUCAAAGUCAUCAAGCAAUUCAUCAAGGGUUACAUGACUAGAGGGCAAGCAAAAGUCACAGACAACUCCGAGUAUUUGGCCUUUGUGCGGCAGAAUUACCUCAACCGGCUCAAGGACAACCUCCCCGAGACAGUUUUGGAUAAAAGCACUUGGCUGGCUCCGCCAAGCGUGCUGGCUGAGACGUCAGAACUGCUCCGGAAACUGCACUACCGCCUCAUGGUGCGGAAAUACGUGAGGGGAAUCACGCCGCAGAAAAAAACGCAGCUUCAAUUGAAGUUCAUUGCCAGCUCCAUGUUCAUGGGAAAAAAGGAAAGUUAUCCACAAAGUGUUGCUCAACCUUUUGCGGACAGCAGAAUCAGUGAUGAAGAUAUUAAUGCAAGAGUCCUGCAGAUGCUUCAUAGUGAGCACAUCAAGUACAGCGUCCCGACGAUUAAAUACAACAGGAAUGGUUUCAAAACGAGGCCGCGGCAGCUCAUCCUGACUCAGGCGGCGGCCUACAUGGUCGAAGAGGCCAAGAUCAAGCAGACGAUUUUGUACACCGCGCUUCAAGGCAUUUCAGUCAGUAACUUGACCGACAGCAUCGUUGUGUUACACGUAACACGUGAAGACCCCAAAGACAAGGGAGAUCUUGUACUGCAGUGCAAGCACUUGUUUGAACUGGUGACCAAACUCAGCAUCGUUGCUAACAAACAAAAUGUGGUCAGGGUCCUUCAGGGCAGCAUCAAGGUAGAAUUUCAGGCUGGGAAAGAGAGCGCAGUCGAAUUCAGCACGGGGCCGGAGCCGACGGCGUACAAGGCCAAGAACGGUCACCUCAUGGUGGUUGCAACCCGGGCCAGGCCGAGGUAACACGAGGGCCAGGGCGGAUACAAAAGAGGCCCCUGCAUCUUUCACGGGACACGCCCCAAACCUGCCUCAACACGGCCGCGGGGUACACGUACCGGCCACACUUUUAAAAGCACUUUAGGACCAGCCUACUUGAUGAACGACAUCUUCUCAGACUACGUCUACAUUACUACCAUCAAAUAUUCUUCUUUUCCUUUCGGCUUGUCCCGUGAGGGGUCGUCACAGCGUGUCAUCUUUUUCCAUCUAAGUCGCUCUCGUCCAUCUUCCUCUCUAACACCCACUGUCCUCGUGUUUUCCCUCACAACAUCCAUCAACCUUUUCUUUGGUCUUCCUCUCGCUCUUUUGCCUGGCAGCUCCAUCCUCAGCACCCUUCGACCAAUAUACUCGCCGUCUCUCUUCUCCGGACCUGUCCAAACCAUUGACGUCUGCUCUCUCGGACCUUGUCUCCAAAACAUCCAACUUUGGCUGUCCCUCUAAGGAGCUCAUUUCUAAUCCUAUCCAACCUGCUCAUUCCGAGUGAGAACCUCAGCAUCUUCAUUUCUGCUACCUCCAAUUCUGCUUCCUGUUGUCUCUUCAGUUCCACAGUCUCUUAUCCGUACAUUAUGGCCGGCCUCACCGCUGUUUUAUAAACUUUGCCCUUCAUCGUAGCGUGAAUCUUCUGUCACAUAGAACACCAGACACCUUCCACCAACUGUUCCACCCCACUUGGACCCGUUUCUUCACUUCCUUACCACACUCUCCAUUGCUCUGUAUUGUUGACCCCAACUAUUUGAAGUCGUCCACCCUUGCUAUCUCUUAUCCACCUAUAUAUCUACUGCAAACAGGAAGGGGCUUAGCGUGGAUCCCUGAUGCAGUCCCACAUCACCUUAAAUUCUUCUGACACACCUACAGCACAUCUCACCACUGUUUUUAUAAAUUUUGCCCUUCAUCCUAGCGGAGACUCUUCCGUCACAUAGAACACCAGACACCUUCCGCCAACUGUUCCACCCCGCUUGGACCCGUUUCUUCACUUCCUUACCACACUCUCCAUUGCUCUGUAUUGUUGACCCCAAGUAUUUGAGGUCGUCUGUCCUCGCUAUCUCUUCUGCCUGGAGCUUCACUCUUCCCCCUCUGCCCCUCCUGUUCACGCACAUUUAUUCUGUUUUACUUCGGCUCAUCUUCAUUCCUCUCCUUUCCAGUGUGUGCCUCCAUCUUUCUAAUUGUUCUUCCACCUACUCCCUGCUUUCACAAUAUCAUAUGCACACAUCAUGGUCCAAGGGGAUUCCACUCUAACCUCUUGUCGGCCUGUCCAUUCCUACCACAAACAGGAAGGGGCUCGGCACGGAUCCCUGAUGCACUCCCACUGCCACGUUAAAUUCUUCUAACACACCUACGGCACACCUCACCGCUGUUCUGCUCCCCUCAUACAUGUCCUGUACAAUUCUAACAUAUUUCUCCGCCACACCAGUCUUCCGCAUGCAGUACCACAGUUCCUCUCUUGGUAGCGUACUACCAUCAACUUACCUAUCUACUACCAUCAAAUGUAGUUAUUUCAAUUAAAUUACUUUUUAAAAAAAAUCACUCACGAGCAUCAGCAUUAGCUUCACCAUCUAUCAUUACAACUUAAUGAGAGCCAAUACAAGAGGUAUUAAUAAAAUUAUAUAUUAAUGGUUGAAUACUGAGAAAUAUUUCCAUUUCCGUAUAGAUAAGAUAAAACACUUCCCAGUGUAAUUGCUACUACAAUCACAGCGACAUUAUCAUUAUAAAAAAGAAAAAAAUUCCGUAAUUGUCUUUGUCAAGGCAGAAUUUUGAUCAAGCUUUUGUUCGGACUUCAUUACAGUGCGUU